GCGUUGGAGCGGCCCCGGGGAGGCGGCGGCGGCGGCUGCGCGGUGCUGGAGGCUGCGCGGUGCCGGCGGUGGCCAUGGCAGGCCGCGGGAAGCUGAUCGCGGUGGUGGGCGACGAGGACACGGUGACCGGGUUCCUCCUGGGAGGGGUGGGGGAGCUGGACAAGCACCGCAAGCCCAACUUCCUGGUGGUGGAGAAGGAGACGAGCCUGGCCGAGCUGGAGGAGACCUUCCGGAGCUUCCUGAACCGGGAGGACAUCGGCAUCAUCCUGAUCAGCCAGUGCCUGGCCGAGCUCAUCCGCCACGCCGUGGAAGCCCACUCGCGGCCGCUGCCUGCCAUCCUGGAGAUCCCCUCCAAGGAGCACCCCUACGACCCCGCCAAGGACUCCGUCCUGCGCCGAGCCCGCGGCCUCUUCACCCCCGACGACCUCCGCUAGACACAGCCCCCCCCCCGUCCCUGCGCCCCCCCCCCGAAGACAGCCCACCCGGGGGCAGGCUGCGACCCGCUCCGGAGGUUCUCGGUGUGCUGCUGGGGGCGGGAGGGAGGUUCUCGUCGCACCCCGAAAGUCCCAUGUCCCACCCCGGGGUGGCGCUGGGAGUCCUUAUCCCAUCCUGGGGUCUCCAUCCCAUCCCUGCGUUGGUUCUGGUCCCUGUCCCGGCUCAGGGUGCUGCUGGGGCAGUCCAUGUCCCACCCCAGAGUAACGCCUGAAGGUCCUCAUCUUGCCGUCGGUGUCCCACCUCAUCCUCAGGGGUCCCUGUCCUGCCCCAGUGUGCUGCUGGGGGGUCCUUGUCCCACCCUGAGGGUCCAUGUCCCCCCCCAGUGUGCUGCUGGGGGUCCCUCAGCCCACCCUAGGGUGCUACCGGGGGCAGUCCGUGUGUGCUGGGAGGGGGGGAGGGGGCCGCAUGGCGCUGGCUCAGCCCCCCCGUGACCGUGACGGGCGCUGGAAGGGGAAGUGCGGCCAGAUCCUGCUGGAUCCUGCCUGCUCCGGCCCUGCCCUGCCGCCGCGGGCAGGGAGGAGCCGUCCCCGAGGUGAGUGGGUUAGGGUGCGGGGAGGACACCCCAAGGGCACACCAAGUACUUGUGGUGUCACCGUGACCUCCCCAGCAGCACCCUGAGGUGGGGUACAGGGGGCUAUUGCCACCCCCCUCCCGGGGUGCCUAAAUGUGUAUCGCUGCCCCCACCCCCCUACCCCCCCCGUGUCCCAAACACGAGCUGUGACUGCG